UUUAUAUUAGUGAGAGAGAAGAGAAUGGCAAAUUGUGAUGGGAGAAGGAAGGAGGUGAUAGCAAUAAUUGGAGGUGGAAUCAGCGGCCUCUUGGCCUGCAAAUAUGCAAUUUCCAAAGGAUUUGAUCCAAUUGUUUUCGAGUCAGAAAGUAGCAUUGGAGGUGUUUGGAGUAAGACUAUUGAGAGCACUAAACUGCAGACACCAAAACCCCUUUACCAAUUCUCUGAUUUCCCCUGGCCUGAUUCCGUAACGGAAGUGUUCCCCGAUCAACACACCGUGUUGGAGUACAUUGAAUCGUAUGCACGUCACUUUGAUUUGGUGAGACACAUUCAGUUCAAUAACAAAGUAUUGAGCCUUAGCUAUGAAGGCGAUGGUGACUCAUCAACCGGAGAAUGGAUGUCUAAAGGCAAAUGGAACGUUACUGUACAACACACUCCAACCCUAUCCAUAAAGGUAUACCAAGUUGAUUAUGUAGUAGUUUGUGUGGGAAAGUUCAGUCAAGUCCCAAACAUACCCGAAUUCCCUGAAAACAAAGGUCCUGAAGCUUUUGAAGGCAAAGUAAUUCAUUCAAUGGAUUAUUCAAAGAUGGACUCCACAACUGCAACCGACUUUGUCAAAGGAAAACAUGUAGCCGUCGUUGGAUUCCAAAAAUCAGGACUGGACAUUGCCAUGGAAUCCUCCACAGUAAAUGGGAUUGAACGUCCGUGCACCGUAAUAAUCAGGACACCACAUUGGAACGUUCCUGAUUAUUUCCCCUGGGGAUUCCCAAUGGCAAAACUCUAUUUGAAUAGAUUCUCAGAACUUACAGUGCAUAAACCCGGUGAAGGCCUUCUUUUAUAUCUCAUUGCUACAAUUCUCUCACCUCUGAGGUGGGGCUUCUCAAAGUUUGUGGAAAGCUAUAUAAAACACAAGCUCAGGCUUUCAAAGCACAGGAUGGUUCCAGAUCAUAGUUUCUUAAAUGAAUUGAGUGCGUGCUUAAUUUCUACAGUGCCUCAGGGCUUCUACGACAGAGUUGAGGAAGGACGUCUCAAACUCAAGAAAGCUAAGAGUUUUGGAUUUACUAAACAAGGCAUUGUGCUUGAGGGUCAGGCUGAACCCAUUAAAUCUGACUUAGUCAUACUCGCCACAGGCUUCAAGGGAAUUGAUAAGCUCAAACACAUUUUUGAAUCACCAAAAUAUCAGCAACUCAUAGCAGGCUCAGACGAUUCUGCUGCAGUUCCCCUCUAUAGGGAAUGCAUUCAUCCCCAAAUUCCACAACUGGCAAUUAUUGGAUUCUCAGAAAGCAUAGCAAAUCUAUACACCUCAGAAAUAAGGUGCCGAUGGCUGACAGAGCUUCUUGAUGGAAAAUUCAAGCUGCCUAGCAUAAAGAUGAUGGAGAAAGACAUAGCGGAAUGGGAUAAAUAUAAGAAGAGAUACUCAAAGAAGUACUACAGGAAAUCAUGCAUCGGUGCACUGCAUAUUUGGCACAACGACCAACUCUGCAAGGACAUGGGCUGGAAUCCUAAGAGGAAAAAGGGUCUUUGGGCUGAGUGGUUUGAACCUUACGGACCAAUGGAUUACACAGGCCCAAUAUAAGAUCAGCACCCAACUUCCCCUUCCUGGGCUUUCUCUUUUGUGUUUUUACUUCUUCCUCACCGUUGUUUUACCGUCUUAAAAGUGUGAUUUGUCAUUUCUCAUUGAAAAUAAUAAUUCCACCCACCAAAGCCAGCUUGACAUUCAUUCA